AUGCUGCUAAAAAUUGCUUCUGCUACACUUGUUGCUGCACUCGCAGUAUCUGCUGCUGUUCAAGGACCAACUCCUGGUCAAACACAUCGCUACCGUGCUGCUGCUGGCGAUUCACUUUUAUCUCUUGUGCCUGUUGACGGUGCCGAGUUUCUCCCUGAUCAACAUUUUGAUAUUUCUAUCGAACUGCAUAACAUUGGUGCUACUGCCACUCCCGAUCUAUCACAACUUAAAGCCACUAUCAACAAUGUUCCCAUUGAUAAAUUUUUCAAAUCUUCGUUUGCUGCUGCCGAAUCCUGGAAUUUUACCUAUGCCGUCGAUGGUGCUGCCCGUGACGCCAAUCAAAUGACCACUGUCACUGCUACCCGUCUUGCUCUCCGAUCCGUUGCAAUCAAAAAGUCAGGCGACUAUGUUUUGUCUCUCAAGAGCGGAAACCAAACUGUUGAUGCCACGUGGACUGUUCGCAAGAUUAGCAGCCGAAAAACUAAAAAUCUGGUUUUAUUUAUCGGUGAUGGUAUGGCACCAUCCAUGAUUGCUGCUGCUCGGUAUAUAUCCAAAACUACCAAGUUUGGCAAGUUUGGGUCCAAUUUUCUGGAACUCGAAAAACUUGGCUCGAUUGGUAAAAUUGCAACUAAUGGAAUUGACGCAAUCAUUACUGAUUCUGCAAACUCUGCAUCUGCAUAUCUUACUGGUCAAAAAGGCUGGGUGAGUGGUCUGAACGUGUAUGCCGAUACGUCUGAUGAUAUUCUUGACGAUCCUAAAGUUGAAACACUUGCCGAGUAUAUUCGUGGUAAUCGACCCAAAAUGUGCAUUGGUGUUGUUACCACUGCAGCCAUAUAUGACGCUACUCCUGCAGCAAUGUACUCGCACACUCGUUCCAGAUACGAAUAUCAGUCAGUUGCAGACCAAAUGCUUAAAGUAAUCAAGCCAAAUAAUUUGACAUGGACGCCAAAACCAGUACAAGCUGACGUACUGCUUGGUGGAGGUGGUUCGACAUUCUGCCUCAAAACCAACGGUACAGCUUGCAAAUCACCCGUUGACUAUUAUGCUCUUUACAAGAAAUUCGGAUACAAUGUAGUCAAGUCCAAGGCUGAGCUUGAAAAGGCACCUACUACUGAACCGCUUCUUGGUAUUUUUACUGCUUCGCACAUGGAUACAUGGUACGAUCGCACUCUUCGUCUUGAAAACUUGAAACUCAACAAAAAGUCUGGUCCAGAUGGUGUUGGUUCUGCACUCGAUCAACCUGGUCUAGAACUUAUGACUCAAAAAGCCAUCGAGGCACUAUCCGAUCCUAAACGAUGCUCUGAUGGAUUUUUCCUUAUGGCCGAAGCCGCAUCUAUCGACAAGGCAAUGCACGCAUUAGACUAUGAUCGUGGUCUUGCUGAUCUGCUCGAAUUAGAUCGCACUAUCAAGGCCACCAAAGACUGGGCGUUGAAACAUGGUGACAAUACUGCGAUUAUUGCCACUGCUGAUCAUUCACAGGCAUUUGACACUUAUGGUACUGUUGAUACCAAGUACUUGAACGCGCUCCCAGACGAUGAUACCAAUAUUCUUGGUGCUGGUAAAGAUGCAGGCAUUCAGUUCCAAAAACAUCUUGCUAUUGGUGAAUAUGAUACGGCUGGAUGGAUUGACUCUGUUAUGGAUGAAAAUGACAUGCCAACCAAAUGGCAAGGACGUUACCGUCUUGCCACUGGUAAAGUAGAUGGUCCUCAGAGUGUUGAAAACUGGCAAAUUCGCGACAUUCCAGGACUUGGUACGAACCCACUUAGUCGCCAAGCUGUGGUCGAGAAUACUGUGCUUAAGAGCAAGUUCAAUAUUACUAGCCGGGAAUCCAUUUACCAAGCCAGCCCGGCUGAGCCAUCUGGUAUCAAAAAGAGCGGCAUGAACCCUCCAACAGAUAGUCAAAGUGUUCACUCUCUUCAAACUGUCGAUGUUUAUUGUCAUGGACCAUCUAACUGGCGCCAGCACUGUGCCAAAGUCAUGGACAAUACAGAACUAUUCUUCAUUAUGGCAGAGGCACUUGGUCUUGGAUUUCGAUCUACCUACAGAAACAACUAA